GGCUUUCCCAUCCAUACGUUCCCUUCUCUCCCACCCCUCCCCCAGCCUUUCAGCUUCAGCUCGCCCUCCCCUCCGUUUGUUCAGGGGCCCCUCGAACCCUUUAACGCCACUCAAUCCUAAACGUUCGCCACACGCCAAUAGCCCGUCAUGUCGGGUGCGGGGGCUCGCGAGUCCGUCUUCCCGACGCGACAGGUCUUGGGCCAGAUGAAGAGCAAGCUCAAGGGUGCCCAGACCGGCCAUGACUUGCUCAAGCGCAAGAGUGAAGCCCUGACAAAGCGUUUCCGAGAGAUCACCCGCCGCAUCGAUGAGGCCAAGCGUAAGAUGGGCCGGGUCAUGCAGAUCGCCGCCUUCUCGCUCGCCGAGGUCACCUACGCCGCCGGCGGAGACAUAAGCUACCAGAUCCAAGAGUCGGCCAAGAAUGCAAAGUUCCGCGUGCGCACCAAGCAGGAGAACGUCUCGGGUGUCUUCCUGCCGCAGUUCGAGAGUUUCACCGUAGAGGGCGCCAAUGACUUUGGCAUGACUGGUCUGGGUAGAGGUGGACAGCAGGUCCAGAGAUGCAGAGAGACGUAUGCGCGGGCUGUCGAGACUCUUGUGGAACUUGCCAGUCUGCAGACGGCCUUCGUCAUCUUGGACGAGGUCAUCAAGGUUGUCAACCGGAGAGUCAACGCCAUCGAGCAUGUCAUCAUCCCCCGCACUGAGAACACUAUCAAGUACAUCAACUCGGAGCUUGAUGAGCUCGACAGAGAGGAGUUCUACAGGCUGAAGAAAGUUUCGGGCAAGAAGGAACGCGACGCCGCUGAAGCCGAAAAGGAGAGGAAAAGUAAAAAAGAACAAGACGAGCCGGCGGCGGCCCAGGUGGCGGAGGAGACCGAGACCAAGGACAUGCUGGGCGACCAGGACAACGAAGAUGUCAUCUUCUAAGUCCACAUGUAUCAACCUGUUAUAAUAUGUUUACACGCACGCUUGAACAUACUCUGUAGACUGCACGACUCACUGCUUUGAAUGAAAUCUGCUUCAU